AUGUAACGCUGGACAAUAUGCUGAAUAUAUCUAGAGGUUCCCAAGACUCGGAUCGGAUCAGAGUGUAUGUUUGCAAGUUCUGUGGUAAAGCUUGUCCAUCCCAGUGGAAGUUAGAUAGACACAUGCACACACAUACUGGAGAAAGACCAUUCACAUGUGAUCUGUGUGAUGUGACGACACCACUACCUAUUAUGAUGACAGACCAGCAUUUUCAAGCAGAAAAACAGUUAGCUUGUGAAACAUGUGGAAAAGUUUUCAAAUCAAAUUGGGCAUUAAACAGACAUGGUCGUGAAUCAUGGUAUGAUAUUGAAGACCAGUCUACAUCUGAGCAUGGCAGACGGCAACAAUCUGUUACAGCCGGAGGACGACAUUAUUGUAACAUGUGCGGAAAACUGUUUCCGAGCAACUGGAAAUUACAGAGACAUAUGAGAGUUCAUACUGGAGAAAAACCAUUUGUCUGUAGUUUCUGUGAUAAAGGCUUCAAUGUGAAAUCAAAUCUCAAGGUUCACAUAGUCGCUCAACAUCAUCAUCAACUUUAA